AUGUUGAUCACCAAGCUGGUUACUUUCCUCUCCCUCUCGACGGCCGUGCUCGCCCAGCCUGCAGGCGAAUCAAAGCGAGACGUGCAACUAGCCCACUGUCCCGAGGGAGUAUGUUUUGACGAUGCUUUUUACUGCGACUUUGAGACGCAUCUGUGUCGUAAAAAGGGCGGCCCUGGACCUUGCGGCUCCGGCGAGUGUAUCGAGAACGGAGAUGUGCCUGCGCCUGCGCCUGCACCGGCUAAGCGCGAUGUCAACUGGGGCUGCAUGGCAGACGUGGACUGCAAGUUUGGCGUUGAGAGCUGCGUCUGGAUUCGGGCACAUGGAGAGUUUAGAUGUGUCCCGAAGAAGAUGAAGGUCGACUCGAAGACCAGAGGAAACGGUCGAGAGAAGCGCGCGGAGCUGAAGGAGGCUGCGGGUGCUGCUACGGCAUGUAUGAAGAGGGGCACUGCCUGUGGACGAAACGACACCUGCUGCUCCGGCGUGUGUGCUAAGCGUCAUCGGUUCGAGAUCGGGCUUCAGACUGACGGUUGGUGCGAUUAA